AUGAAUCCCCACCACAUUCGUAUUCAAAAAAGGUCGCUGGGCUUUAACCAAGACGAUCAAAAGGAUGGAGACUGUUUGAUAAUCGACCGAAACUUUCAUACUGUUCAAUCAGCUCUGAUUCGUGGCGAUGAAGAGGUCGUGCUUUAUAACUGGCCUUCGUUUCCAGGGGGCAUGUGGCAACACGUCUCCCCCUGGGACCAAUAUCCCAUAGGCCAAGAGAAAAUCGUUUAUUUCACAAAUUUUCCAAAGCGCGACGCGCCCUGCGACCCCCAUGGCCUCCUUUCACAAGAUUCCCGAAAAGCGAUAGAAAAUCAACGUUGGGAAGGCAUGAAGUUCAAGUUUAAAAAGGUGCUUGCCCAGGGUGGUCACGGGUACGCCACACUAUGGGACGUCGUUUUUGAAGAUCAGUCUGUCAGGAGGGUCGUGAUCAAGAGAGCUAUAGACCCUUUUAGUAAGGCCUUCGAUCCUCAAGAAGAAUCCCGGUUUCACUUGCGGUAUGACGGUGCCCAACACACGACACAGGUUAUCGACUUACAUCGCGAGGUACUGGAUUUACGCACUCGUAUGCAGAAGUAUAGCAAGUCUAAGGACGGUACUAAGAGAAUUGGAAAACAGUGGAGGGCCGAAGGGGAGAAGUGUGUUGUCUUUGAGUAUAUGAAAUACGGCGACAUGGUCAACAUCAUGCAAAUGGUCAGUACGAGAAACGUUCAAAUCCCAGCCCAAGUUCUCUGGGGAAUUUGGGAAUGCCUUGUGCUUGGUCUCGCAACUAUUGCUUAUACGCCGUCCGAAAGCUCUGGCAACUCCAGUUUCGAAACGUGGUGGAAAGACGUAGUGUCUGAUAGGGAGGAAGCACUAGCCUUCCUCGACCGUGUCGAAAGAGAGUGGAAAAUUGAGCACGAUGUUCAUCUCGAUCUAGAAGUUUUGAAUGUUCUCGCGGGUCAUGAUCCAGCUACGCAUUCUAAUCAACCUGUUUUCAAGCUCCAUGAUCUCGGUGCCUGGAGCUAUUGUAUGAACCAGAAUUGGGAGAGUUACAACGAAAGAGAGUUUUGGUCCAUGAGAGAACCUGUUAAGCCUCAUGCCGCGACACCAGAGCAAUUCACUAAAGAAUGGGAUUAUCUUUAUAUCAGCUUACCGACGCCUCUCGUGAGAGAAGUCUUUACAGGUGAAGACUUGGAAAAAAAGGGGGGGAACAAGAUAGGCGGCCGUUUUGGGAUAUGGACCAACAUAUUUCUUAUUGCCAAAGUUAUGGAGUCCAUCAUGACGAGAGAGUUCAGCAGGUUUCCUUAUCAAGCUGUUCCCCAUUAUCGAACACACAAGCCAACAUAUGGAGGGAAACUUCAGACCCUAGAGUUCCAGCAUAUCGACCUCGAAUUGCGAGAUAUCGUGAUGAGGUGUCUGCACGAGAAGCCUAUAGACAGGCCCCAUAUUACCCAUCUUUUGAGGAAUUUGUUGGACCGAAAACAGCUAGGCUUCAAUAAUGAAGGCCCAGAGGCUGUUGAAAGGUGGUGGAAAGCCCUCCUUGAGCCUCAAGCGCCAAAGCCUAUCCCUGCCCAAGCACCACCGCCUGCGAAUCCUGUCAAGCAGGCCAUGGUAGCCUCUGCUGUGAAAGGAGGUUUAGUAAUCGCGUCUCACAUGGCGCAGGCAGCUGGAAACCAAGGGGCGCCGAAUCAGCCUCAAGCUCAUCCUCAUAUUCCUCCUCACAUACAACAAAUUCUUGACCGACAUAGGGCUCAAGCUAAUAUAAAGAAGCCUCCAGCACAGCCUCCAGUUCAGCCUCCAGUUCAGCCUCCAGUUCAGCUUCAACCUCCUCCUCAGGUCCAACCUCCUCCUCAGGUUCAGCCUCAAGGUCCUCCUAAGGUUCUCCCUCACUUACGACACCACAAACUCCAGUUCAGCUUCAACCUCCUCCUCAAGCACCUCCUAGAGGCCAGCAUCAACGUCAAGGCCAGCACCAAGGCCAGCACCAAGGCCAACGUCAAGGCCAACGUCAGGGUCAACGUCAGGGUCAACGUCAAGGUCAGCGUCAACGUCAGCGUCAACGUCAACGUCAGUAUCAAGGCCGGCGCCAAGGUCAACUUGAAGGUCAACGCCAAGGCCAGCAUCGAGUUCAGCCCCGAGCUCAACAGCCCCCUGCCCGGCCUCAAGUCCAACUUCAAGCCCACUGGCCCGGACCCCAGCCUCAAGUUCAACCCCAAGCCCGGCCUCAAGUUCGGCCUGGAGCCCAGCCUUAUGUUCUUCCUUACCUACGAAGGGGCCAACAGAAUGGUCAUCAAGAAGGCUCAAAAAGCGAAAAAGGCCGGUCGUCAAGUGCCGCCUCACAAGCAUGAUGCUAUUGCAGAGUAUGUUGAGAAAAUGUUGCCGGAUAUGCCUGUGGCUAUUCGCAACCUUUUGACUCGCUCGCAACAUCUCGAAUCGCAACUCGAGAACGAUGGCUUUCACGUGUAUUCUUUCGUGAACUAA